CCAAUCAGAGGCGGGAGAGCGGCAGCGGCGGCGGAGGGGAGCGGUGAGGGCGAGCGGCGGGUCCUCAUAGACCCCCAUAGAGACCCCAUAGAGACCCCAUAGAGACCCCCAGACACCCCAUAGCCCCCCCAUAGGGCAGCAGGAGUUGGGGGGCCCCCCCCGGCGCCAUGUUGGCCGUGAAAGUGAAGGUGGAGAAACCAGAGCUGGAGGCCGCGGCCGCCCGGAGCCGCCUGGACUCGGUGCUGCAGGAGCUGAUGGAGCGGAGCCGGGGCACACGCGAAUCCAUGGAGGAAGAGACAGGAAAAGCACCUGGAGACGCAUUGACCAAGGAGGCGUCGCCCAGCGCCCCUGGGAAGAGGCCCUCGGGCCGCUUCUCGCAGCAGCGCCGGAAGAAGCGCCGGGAGGCGGAGGAGGGGCCGGACCCGGUGCAGCGGCCGAACACGUACGUGAUCAAGCUCUUCGACCGCAGCGUUGAGCUGGGGCAGUUCCCCGAGGGGACCCCCCUGUACCCCGUGUGUCGCGCCUGGAUGCGGAACUGCCCCACGGCUCCUGCCCCACAUCCUGCCCCACUCGCGGCUCCAGCCCCACACACGGCUCCAGCCCCGCGACCACAGAAGGACCAUGGUGGCCAUUACUAUCCUCAUCCAGAAGGACCAUGGUGGCCAUCACCAUCUUCAUCCAGAAGGACCAUGGUGGCCAUCACCAUCUUCAUCCAGAAGGUCCAUGGUGGCCAUCACCAUCCUCAUCCAGAAGGACCAUGGUGGCCAUCACUAUCCUCAUCUUCUAGAAGGACCAUGGUGGCCAUCACCAUCUUCAUCCAGAAGGACCAUGGUGGCCAUCACUAUCCUCAUCUUCUAGAAGGACCAUGGUGGCCAUCACCAUCUUCGUCCAGAAGGACCAUGGUGGCCAUCACCAUCUUCAUCCAGAAGGAUCAUAGUGGCCACCACAUCAUAGGACCUCUUGGUCAAGCUCUUCCACCCAAUGAGGAGCCAAAGGUCUGGGCUGGAGCCAGGUCCUGGUGGCCUCUCAACUACCUUCUCCAUCCAUAG